AAAAAGACAACUCGAGAAAAAUUAGUAUUUUCUACCUUCAGAAAUUAAUGGCCAUGAGUUCGUACAUGGUGAACUCCAAGUAUGUGGAUCCAACAUUUCCUCCUUGUGAGGAAUAUUCUCAGAACAGUUAUAUACCUGAACAGAGCUCAGGCUACUAUAGUCCAUCGCAGGACACAGAUGUACAGCAUCCCGGGAUCUAUUCACGGUCAAACUACUCUGAACAGCCUUACAGCUGUAACACUGUCCAGUGCUCAUCGGUGCAGCCGCGGGGUCAUGUACAGGAUCAAGCCAGCCACCCCAGCCCUUUCCCUGUACAGACAGAGCAGUGUCCUGCGGUCCAAAUAUCGGGACCGAGGACUUGUGGACAACAACAAAACACAAAGAGCCAGAACGGUAUACCAGCCAAGCCGCCUGCUGUAGUUUAUCCAUGGAUGAAGAAAGUCCACGUUACAACGGUGAACCCGAAUUACACAGGAGCGGAACCAAAACGCUCUCGGACAGCCUACACAAGACAACAGGCUCUGGAACUAGAAAAAGAAUUUCAUUUUAACAGGUAUCUAACAAGACGGCGUCGCAUCGAGAUCGCGCAUACCCUCUGUCUCUCAGAGCGACAGAUUAAAAUCUGGUUUCAGAACAGAAGAAUGAAAUGGAAAAAAGACCACAAACUACCUAACACGAAAGGAAGAUCUGCAUCAGCUGGGAAUCAGCAUGCACAACACGCUCAGGACAACCAGACAGAGAUCACAACUUUAUAAGUGGAUAUCUUUUCUUCCCUGCAGAUGUACAGAUGAACAGUAUGUAAUAGACAAUGCUUAUUUUUACACUGCAUGGUAGCAAACCGUGACAUGUUGGUUACAAGUGCCAAAAACUGAGAAUCAGAAGCACACACCUUGACUAUAUACAGUGUAAAAGACUCCUAAAAAACCCACAUUUCAAUACUUCCAACAUUGUAACUCUUUGUAACUGAAGCAAAUUGGAUAUGGGCAUCGAAUGAUGGUUCACAUGCCACCUCGAGGUACAGUAAAACGUGUCAACUCACGAUUUAAGAGCUUGGUUCUUUUUAGUAAAACUAUUCACAUUUAAGAACUUCCCACUGUAUUUUAACCACCUUUCUCCUCUUUUUAAACAAUUAUGGCAAGUGUGCGACUAUGGCGCGUCAAUUUCUCUUAAUUUAAGCAAGACAAUGUCCAGCAUAUAUUAAAUUACGAAUAUCUUACUUUUUUUACUUGAGUCGACUGGGUGCAAGUAAUAAAAUAAAGAAAUAAAAUUAGUUCAUGAUAAGAAAAAAAAAAUACAUUGGUUGCCUGGAAAAUUAUUUAUUUGUAGAAAUGUCCGUUAACUUCGCUGCUGCGCGCCACAUUAAGGUUUACUUUCUAUGGACGUUUUAAAGAAAGCAUCAUUCUUCAGAAAACUGGGCGUUUAUAAAUUUACUUCGCUCUAAAAUCACAAUCCACAGAAAUGUCUCUUUUUGACUAGAAUAUAUAAUAGUAUAGAAUAUAGCCUACCUUACCUCGGCCAUAAAUCCCACUUGACGUCUUUAUAAACUAUAUAACUAAAUAAACAAAUACAAAUGAAAAAUCUUUAAUAGCAGCUUUUUUUAUCUUGCGUUUUAUGUAAAUUUUUAUUCCUCAAGAUGCUUGAAACUUCUAUUUAUUAAAAAUAACGUUAAAAUCUGUUCUACAAGAACGCUAGUAUCCGUUCCAUGAUUAUCAAAUUCAUUUUUAAUUUGGUUCUUACAUACAUUUUUAUGUAUAUUGUGCAUUUUUUCUACAAGCAUUUUUGCAAUAAUUAAAUAAAGAUCAUUCUAAGGUUUCAUUCUGCUUCGUAUUUUUUGUGUUGAAAUUAGAAACUGUAUUGUUGAAAAAAAAAUCUGAUUAAUCACGUUUUAUUAAGCACUUUCAUACACUUUUUAUUAAGUUAUUUUUUUUCAAGGGAUUGAAGAUGGGUCUGAAAUGUGAGAGAUUGUACAGCAAUGAUUAAACUUAA